AUGGUUCUUGAAAGAAACAUAAAUUUAUUGCACAAAAAACAAGCUUUCACUAUCGAGAGCUUAGCUAGGAGCAGCCGGGACGAAAGUAAUGGACCGACAACUUUUAGGGGCGAUACAGUGUUUCAUGGCAUCAACAGGAGUUUGGAAGGAAUUGCUUUGGGAUAUUUAAAUAAGGCGGCUCCUACCUCGCCUAACCUUGACCGCUUGACACCCGUGUCGGAUCCAGGUUACAAGUCACUCAACGGUACGCCGUCUAAGUCAGAAGAAGAUGCGCCGUCCAAACGCCGGCGCUGUAGCUCCGGAAGUGACGAGGCAACACACAUUACUAAUAGCUGCAGCAGCAGCCCAAGUGAUGUCAGCUACGACUCAAUUAGUCCAUACACUUCCGACACUGAAUCUUUCUUGGAAGACCAGAGCCGGAAGAAGAAAGCACGCACGGCAUUCUCUAGUGAGCAAGUAUACGGGUUAGAACAGCGUUACCAGGUACAGAAAUAUCUACCCUCCAUAGAAAGGAGUAAACUCGCCAGAAAACUAGCCCUCACAGACCAACAGGUGAAAACCUGGUUUCAAAACAGGCGCAUGAAAGAAAAGCGCCACCAACGAGAUGAGGAACAGACACGCAAUUUUUUUCUGCCAACAGGUGGCGUAGACAUCGCUCAGCUACACGCUAUGGGAAUGCCAUGUCCCCCACCAUACAAUGCCCAGUCCCCAACUGUAGGGCACAUGUUCCCCAACCCCGUCAGCAACACUAUGUCAGGGUAUCAGUUUCAGUCACCAACACACAUGACACCGUCAUCCAGUGGACCGGACCGAUUUCAUCUACAUUCGAGUACUUUGGGCUAUUCACCAGUAAUUGGACCUCUGCCAGUGUUCUCGAAUCCCUCCCCGAUUUCUCGACAUGCACUUUCAUUACCAAUGCCUAGGACCAGUACCCCGGUGUCCAAAUCUCAAACGAUUUUACCUGAGACAGGGGGACAUUCUUCAGCGUGAAGUUAUUGACUACUUAUUAAAUAUUUAUGCGAUAUAAAUUGUCCGUAUUUUUGUUAUUAAUUUGUUAUGCAAUUUAUUAAUUGUGCCAAA